AUUGUUAACCAACCGAACGCUGUUUUCGUAACAUUAAUUCCAACGUGCUCGUUGUAUACGCAGAAAUGAAAGUUUAUAUUGAAUUUCUAAUAGUGACCUAAUAGUGACCAAUUACCAAACCAGCAUACAUUGCUCGAUACUGACGAGACUAACUUUACGCCGCCGCAGAUAGAUAGACCCAAGUAACCACCAAGCAUUAAUUCAUGCAUGUAAUCAAUCACAGAUCGGCAUAUUAAAUGCUUAUUGCAUUAGAUCAGUUUUACCGAUGUCAAGAUGCAUUUAUUCAUCGCCUGUCAAGCAACGAUACACUAGUUCAGUGUUACAAAUGCAGCGAUGCAUUACAUAUGUUUUAUUUCAACAUGUCAAAGUAAUAAGGCAUUAUUUCGGUCGUAAAAGGGCCUUUUUCCACUUUAAGUAAACUUUAAUGGCUGUAUUAUUUGCAAGCAUAUAUAGCUCCAUGGUUACUUGGGGAGUUUCUGUUAGUAACGGUACGGAAAACAUAUAUGAUUUGUAACUAUCGUGGCUCUAUAUUAAGGAUAACGGCCUCUGGCGAUCUUUUAUUGUUUAUUUGCUUCGACCGGUUAUUCCUACAGUGUAGAUAGUGAGGAUUGGGUUUCGAUUAAGGCAAGCAAGGAGUGUGCAAGGAACAGAAGAAGACCAUGUAAGCCCUUAUAAAAAAUCUAAAAAUUUACUUGUUUAUUACACUGAAAUAUAAUUCCAGCUUUGAGCUACCGUUGAGCAACUCCGUCGCUACAAAGACCUUCAACAAUCCGAACAUCCUCAGUUAUGGGGAUCGAGGGAUAAUAUCCGAUACAAUUUGUAAUGUAUUAAAUCUAAAUUUUUAGCUUGAGCAGAAAAAAAAGGUUUACGUUUGGUGCGAUUUGACCAGGGGGGGAAGGUGGAGCACUGAAUCCCUACCCCAACAUGUGCGACAUCUGGAUUUGGUUCUAAACUGUAAACAACAGUGUUAAUUCUCUACCACCUUUUUGUUAUGGCGAGGCAAUUUUUAUGCACACUUUUGUUUUCGAUAUUUUAUCAAAAUUAAACACUCAAUCAUGCAGCAAUAUAACGAUGUGGUAUGCUUGAGAUACCUUCUUGAUUAUAGGGACUCGAAAAAGAAUUUAUUUGCAGUAACUAACCGAAUAUAAAAAUGUUCACAUUAACGAUUGCGCCCUAACACCGGUUCUAAGCUUCGAUGCAGAGUACACGAGCUUUGUUCGCCAGUGACAGGCGUAUGAGACCCUUGGAUUUGACAGAACCCCGGCCAAUUGUUGUCUAGAUCAGGUCUAGAUGAAACCUAUUCGGCAAAGGGAUAACUGCGUAGGCAACCACCGCGUUGCCACCAACAAAGCUACGUCGAUAUGAUUUCAUAAAGAAGCGUGGUUGCCAUGGGGAACGAUAGGUGCACGUGGUUGCUUCAAUUAUGUUGAUGAGUAAGCGAUUAGGAUUUUGUUUGUUCCACUCUCAGUUCAUUACUAGGUUUGCUGGAAACAGGCCAUUUUAUCAAAUUUCAAUUUUGCUCGGAAAUAAUGUCUUUUGAGCAAGACAAACGUUCUAUGUACGAACGUCGCCGGAAUAUCCUGUACUUAGUUUCACACUACUUUUCCAUUGUGGGUCUCACUCAAUCUCGCCAAGCUCUGCUGGAUGAAACACAUCUCACGGAAGAGUUCGAAGUAUGUGACAAUAUAGAUUUGGACACAAUCUAUCAGGAAUAUUGCAGUUAUUAUUCGCUGAAAUUCGGAAAACAACCAAGAAUCGUCAAGAAAAACGAUUCUCAUACUCUCCAACCGAUUCCUGCCCUUCCGCAGCGUAAGCAAUCGGCAUAUAAGAAACGUCCCAAUCCUACGGUAAAGCCUCAGCCAUUGUCCCCACGUGGCGAACCGGAAACGGAGAACGAGCUCAAAGCUUUGGGAAACAACUUAACAGUAUCUCAAGUGUUCAAUCAAAAUCAGGUGUCUCCUAGCAAAUCAAGAGAUUCUUCCGCAGUAGUUUUGACAAAAAUCAACGAAAAUGGUGCCUGCAGUGGCCCAUCUCUAAUUCCCAAUCUGAAACCAUUCAUAAGACUGCAUGAAAAUUUUACAUCAGAGUGGAAAGAAUUGGCGGACGCAGUUUGCAGAGACUUGAUUAAGAAAGACCUCUGUCAGCGUUGGAACCAAGUGAAAGGCCUAGACCAGCCGAUAAAGUUGCUCAAGGAAAGUGUGAUUACGCCGCUGCAAUAUCCAGAUCUUUUUGUCGGCUUGACCAAACCGUGGCGAUGUAUUUUGCUCCAUGGUCCUCCCGGGACCGGAAAAACUAUGCUCGCUCGGACACUCUGCUCGGAAACGCGUGAUUCGAUCACAUUCUUCAACGCCACGGCCAGCACGCUGAUCUCGAAGUGGCGCGGCGAGUCCGAAAAACUGAUUCGGGUUCUGUACGAUGUGGCCCGAUUUUACGCUCCGUCCAUCAUCUUCAUCGACGAGUUCGAUGGGCUCGCUUCGCGACGAGACUCGAUCGGUGAGCACGAAGCAUCCAAACGGUUCAAAAACGAGUUCUUAGCGUUAAUCGACGGAUUGGAUAGUGGGACGGAUGAGGAGCGAGUAUUUUUGCUGGCUAGCACCAACAUUCCGUGGGACAUCGAUCCCGCUUUCUUGAGACGAUUUGAGAAAAAGAUACUUAUUGAUGCACCCGGUAAGGAAGGUCGCUUGGCGAUCAUUCAUGAGCUGAUCCCAGUAACAACUACCUGGGAGCGGAAGCUGCUGGACAAUUUGGCGGAAAGAACGGAGAAUUUCACGGGAGAUGAGAUUCGGAUCGCCUGCAAGGAAGCUUCCAUGAUGAUGAUACGAGAGAGGAUCGAAAAGAAUUGCGACACCAAAGGACAAACCUGUUCUAAAUCUCUAGCCGACGAAGUUCAAUACGAGCAAUUGUUGAGCGCGUUACAACAAAUUCAGCCUGCCACCGUUCCGCUGAUUGAGAAACACCGCGAGUGGAACAUCAAGUACGGAAACCAUGCAUAAUUCUUAGCAGAAAC